AUGUCGAACGUUCAGGAUUCUACCCCGGCUGGACCUGGGAAAGAGAGUCAUUCCGAGAAGGGCAUCCCCAGCCCAGACAACGCGUCCUACCAUGUCGUUUCUCAUCAUGCAACUGUCAACGAACUCGGUAACGUUGUAGACCCUGUUCUCAACGCAAAGAUCCAUCUAGUCAAUGAAACAAUCAACGAGAUCGGAUGGACAGGAUUCCACCUGAAGCUAUGUUGUCUUACAGGCUUCGGCUUCGCGGCGGAUUCCCUUGUCGCCUUCCUUCAGAGUGUCGCAGCAUCCCAGGCAUAUCUCGAAAUCGGCAACGGCGGCUAUCCAACCGGCUCUACAAUGGCUUUAUAUACUGGUCUUCUGUUUGGUGCUCUGUUCUGGGGUUUCAGCGCCGAUGUAAUCGGUCGUAAGAUUGCCUUUAACACGACACUGUUCAUUGCAGCUAUCGCUACAAUCGUUGCAGGAGCAGGACCCAAUUGGGUUGGCUUUUGUGUCUUUGUCGCUUUUCUUGGCUUUGGUGCCGGUGGCAAUCUUGUUCUGGAUCCUACUGUUAUGCUUGAGUUCGUUCCCGCGAAGCAGCAGUGGGUUAUUACUGCUAUUGCUGGUUGGUGGGGUAUUGGACAGGCAAGUGCCGGGUUCAUCGCUUGGGGUUACUACUCUCGACCCGAAUGGUCAUGCACCGCAGAGACCGAAUGCACAUGGCAGAACAACAAAGGCUGGCGACUUAUCAUGUUUACAGGCGGUGCCUUGAUGUUCCUCAUGUCUGCUCUGCGAAUUCUCAUUAUCCGACUUCCCGAAACACCAAAGUUUUUGGUGACAUCGGGCAAAGAAGAAGAACUUGUGGCGAUGCUUCAGAACCUGGCCAAUACCUACCAACGACCAUGCUCUUUGACAGUUGAUGCCCUUCGAGCCUGUGGCAUCACAACUGAAUCUGAGCAAAGUGGACGUCCUUCCGCCUUCAGUGGCCUCGGUAAGAGUCUUUUUGGACAUGUCCGGGGUCUCCUUUCCACCAAGAAGUUGGCUCUGUCUACAUCCCUCAUCUGGCUUUCCUGGACACUGAUUGGCUUGGGAUAUCCACUCUUCUUCCUCUACCUGCCAUCUCUCCUUAGCAGCCGUCUUCCCGAUUAUGCACCCUCCUUCACCGAGACAUGGCGCGAUUACACCAUCACCAACAUUUGUGCCAUCUUUGGUCCUCUGAUCGCAGCUGGUCUGGCUGAAGUUCAGUUCCUCGGUCGCCGAUAUACCAUGGCCAUCGGAGCUAUCAUCACAGCCAUCUUCUUCUUCUGUUACACCAUCAUCCAGACACCAGCUCAGAACCUGGCUAUCAGCAGCUGUAUCUCGGUCUGCAUCAACCUUUACUAUGGUACACUCUAUGCAUACACUGCAGAGGUGUUCCCUUCUGCGCACCGAACCACUGGAAACGGAAUUGCAGUCGGUCUUAAUCGAAUUAUGGGUUUGCUUUCGGCAGUGAUCGCUGUCACUGCAGACACUGCCACUGUAACGCCUCUGUACAUCUCGGCCGCGUUAUUCCUCGUAAUGGCUAUUAUCUCUAUUAUUCUUCCCUUCGAGCCUUAUGGACACAGUGCUUCUUAG